AUGGCGCCAUCAGCUGCAGUGCUGUUCCUCAUCGUCGUCGUCCUCGUCGUAUGCUUGGUAGCGUCACCGGAGCUCGCCGUCGUCUAUGGCCAGCUCGAUUCCCCAGGCAAGAAGAGAGCUCCUUCAGCUGUGCUCUCCUUCAUCAACGCCGAUCAUUGUUUCAUCAGCAUCGACUGCGGCAUCGCGGAGGGCCGGACCUACCCCGACCAGUCCACGAGCGGCCUCGUCUACGUCUCCGACGCCGGCUUCACCGACGCCGGGUUCAGCGCCGCCGUGCGCCCGCCGUACGACGACCCGAACAUGGCCGACCGCUACCGCACCGUCCGGUACUUCCCCGGCGGCGCCGGCGCGCGCAGCUGCUACACGCUCCGGCCGGUCACGCCGGGCGGCAGGUACCUCGUCAGGGCCGCCUUCCACUACGGCAACUACGACGGCCUCAGCAGCCUCCCCGUCUUCGACCUCUCCCUCGGCGUGAACCGCUGGGCCACCGUGAACAUCACCGGCGCCAGCGUCAAGUACAUCCUAGAGGCGGUGGCCGUGUCGCCGGCAGACUUCGUGCAGGUGUGCUUGGUGAAUACAGGGUUGGGUACACCAUUCAUCUCCGGGCUUGACCUGAGGCCACUCAGGGCGACCAUGUACCAGGAGGCCACUGUCAACCAGUCCCUUCUUCUGCUAAGCCUCUCCCGGCCAUCAGCCACCUUCGCUUUCAACCGAUAUCAGUUCUGGCCACCUGAUUAUGCACUGUACAGGUACCCUUAUGAUCCAUAUGACCGUCUUUGGCAAAGGUACGGAACCGUUGCCGCAUGGACCAACAUAACUACCUCAAACGAUGUCGACGUCUCAAACAUCACCAGCUUCGACAAGCCAUCGCCUAUACUGCGCAGUGCCGUCACUCCGGUGAAUGGAACACGCAUAGACUUCUCAUGGAUCUCAGAUUCGGCCUUGGAUAAUGACAAUUCGACUUACCUUCUGCUUCUCUACUUCGCGGAGUUACAGAGGGUACCAAGCAAUGCGCUGAGGCAGUUUGACAUCGUUGUCGACAACGCUGCAGGGAACGGCAGCCAGAGCUUCACCCCGAAGUACCUCUCUGCAGAGCUUGUGAAAAGGAUGGUGCAGGGGUCAGGCCAACAUACCGUCUCGCUUGUCGCCACACCGGAGGCCACACUUCCACCCAUACUGAAUGCACUCGAGAUAUAUUCAGUAAAGCUGAUGACUGAGACUGCGACGAAUGAUGCAGAUGCUAAGGCUAUGAUGAUGAUUCGCACAAAGUAUGCACUAAAGAAAAAUUGGAUGGGUGAUCCUUGUGCACCAAAAGCAUUUGCAUGGGAUGGCUUGAACUGCAGUUUUCCGUCAUCUGGUCCUGCAUGGAUAACAGCUCUGCGCUUAUCAUCAAGUGGGUUGACUGGUACAAUUGAUUCUUCUUUUGGAGACCUAAAAUCCCUCCAAUACCUGGAUCUGUCAAAUAAUAGCCUAUCAGGUCCAGUGCCAGAUUUUUUAGCGCAAAUGCCAUCACUGACAUUCCUUGACUUGUCAAGCAACAAACUCAGUGGACGGGUACCUGAAGUUCUACUAGAAAGGCAUCGAAAUGGAUCUCUUGUAUUAAGGACUGGUUACAACGCAAAUCUGUGUGAUAAUAAUAAUACUUCAACCUGUGAGCUGGAGAAGAAAAGCAACAGAACACUUGUUAUCGCAACAGCUGUUCCAAUAGCAGUAGCAACUCUACUGUUUGUGGCAGCAUUUCUUAUCCUCCGUAGUAUGAAAAAUAAGCAAGAUGAAUGGAUGGCAAACAACUCAAGGCUUAGUACUUCAGGAGACAGGUCAAACAUAUUUGAGAACAGAAAGUUCACCUACAGGGAGCUGAAACUCAUCACUGCUAACUUCAGAGAAGAAAUAGGGAGAGGAGGGUUUGGUGCUGUCUUCCUAGGAUAUUUGGAGAACCAAAGUCCAGUUGCCGUCAAGAUACGUUCAAAAACAUCCUCUCAAGGGGAUAAAGAGUUUUUAGCAGAGGCUCAGCAUUUGACUAGAGUUCAUCAUAAAAACUUAGUUUCCUUGAUUGGAUAUUGCAAGGACAGGAAACAUAUGGCCCUUGUCUAUGAAUACAUGCAAGGAGGGAACCUAGAGGAACGUCUAAGGGGAGAGGCAUCUGCUGCUACACUCCUCACUUGGCAUCAACGUCUCAAGAUUGCUCUCGACUCCGCCCAAGGAUUGGAGUACCUACAUAAAUCAUGCCAGCCGCCACUGAUCCAUAGGGAUGUAAAGACACAGAAUAUUCUGCUAUCGGCUGAUCUUGAGGCGAAGUUAGCAGACUUUGGCCUCAUGAAGGCAUUUGCUGACGACUUCAAGACCCAUGUCACCACCCUGCCGGCAGGUACCCUGGGUUAUCUUGACCCUGAAUACUACAAUACCUCCCAGCUCAGUGAGAAGAGCGACGUAUACAGUUUUGGAGUUGUGCUACUGGAGCUUAUCACAGGCCAGCCACCGGCAGUCCCUGUAAGUAACACUGAGAGCAUCCAUGUCGCGCUAUGGGUGCGCCAGAAGCUCUCUGAGGGUGACAUUGCAAGCAUUGCUGACCCAAGGAUGCGUGGGGAGUAUGAUGUCAACUCUGUCUGGAAAGUUGCAGAGCUGGCACUGAAGUGCAAAGAAAAGCCAUCAAGAGAGCGACCCACGAUGACAGAUGUUGUGGCAGAGCUCAAGGAGAGCUUGGACCUGCAGGUGUCCUAUGCAAUGGGCUACUACAGCUCAACCACGAGCAGCACAAUCAAUCUCAGCGCAACCAGUGUUGAUUUGCAAAGUGAUGCCCAACCAAGUGAUCACCCAGAAAAGCAACCUGUGCCUGAGCUGCAACAGGUAGGCAUUGAAUCAGCAACUCGUAUAGGUCCUGCACCAAGAUGAG